AUGCGUGCGCGCUGUGUGAUGUACGACAGCGUAACGAUAGGAAAAUCUACUUGUUUCCUGCUGAAAUGGGAAAACGCCCGUACCACAUUUGAAAACAAAGGUCUGUCUGUAAUCAUGGCGAGCGGACGUGCACAGAAAGGGGAGGAGUCAUGUUCUGUUAGAAUGGAGGUUACUGUAACGCCAGGGUCAGCCUCAAGUCCACAGAGCGAGGCAGUGACCAAUGAGCUGCAGGAGCUGACCCUUCAGCCCGCCCCCAAACUGCCCCCCAUUAAAGAUCGCAAAAAUGUCCUCCAGCUCAAGCUCCAGCAGAGACGAACGCGAGAGGAACUGGUCAGCCAAGGGAUCAUGCCACCACUGAAGAGUCCAGCAGCUUUCCACGAACAGCGCCGGAGUCUGGAGCGAGCCAGGACCGAGGACUACCUGAAGAGGAAGAUCCGGAGCCGGCCUGAGCGCUCGGAGCUGGUGAGGAUGCACAUUCUGGAAGAGACCUCCGCAGAGCCCUCUCUCCAGGCCAAGCAGCUGCAGCUAAAGCGCGCCCGGCUCGCAGACGACCUCAACGACAAGAUCUCCCACCGGCCCGGUCCCAUCGAGCUGGUGCACAAGAACAUCCUGCCCGCGCCCUACCCCGUGCACAACGAGCUGCUGGACUCUCCCAAAGGCGAAAGCUCCUCUCUGGACGAAGACAGCAGCGAUGCCCUGUCCCCAGACCAGCUGACCAAUCACGACUCCCCCCUCAGCGUCCUCCCCCAGAUGUCCCCCUCCGAGGCUGUCAGUCCCUGCAGCAGAAACCUGUCCCCCACACAGUUUCUCACUCAGCCCUCACCUCCGCCGCCUCCCCCUCCGCCUCCCCCCCUGCCCAUGAGCCGCUCCAUAUCCCCGCUCUCCAAAGUCUCGACUCCGGUGACCUCCCCCACCUCUCGCCUCAGUCAAGUCAAGUCCCAGACCAAGAGCAGCUCGGACCGGCCUCCCCAGAGAUCCAAGAAGGCCAAAGACAACAAGCCUAAGGUUAAGAAGCUGAAGUACCACCAGUACAUCCCUCCGGACCAGAAGGCGGACAAAGAGCGCCCCCCGCAGAUGGACUCGUCUUACGCCAAGCUGCUCCAUCAGCAGCAGCUCUUCCUCCAGCUGCAGAUCCUGAACCAGCAGCAGCAGCACUACAACUACCACACCAUCCUGCCGGCCCCGCCCAAACCGUCGAAUGAGCAGCCUCAAACUACCAGCUCUGGCUCCUCCCCUGCUUGUAACAUCACCACGACGACCAGUGCCUCCUCCAAUCACAGCCCGGCCAUGAGAUCAGCUCAAACCCAUGCCCCUGGAGCCAAACCUGGAGCUCUCCCUCUGAACCUGGAUGAGUUCAAGGUGGCAGAGUUAAAAGCCGAGCUGAAACUGCGAGGUCUCACAGUGUCUGGCACCAAAAAUGACCUGAUCGAGCGUCUGCGGAACUACCAGGAGCAGAACGGUCCCAGCGCCGUGAAGACCUGCUCCCAGUCCAGCACCAGCACACCCUCCUCCUCCUCUUUCAGCAGCCACAGCUUGGAGCCACAGCUGCCCACGGUCAGCCUGCCCUCCAUGGCUCACGUCCAGCCGCACCAGAUCAUGAGGUUCGGCAGCACCAGCUCCUCGCCCCCGGUGUCGCCCUCCCCCUCCGAGCGCUCGCUGGCCGCCAUGAGCCCCGACGAGACCAGCUGCAGCGGCGACAUGUUCGGGGAGAUGGUGAGUUCCCCUCUGACUCAGCUCAGCCUGCACCCCUCCCCUCAGCACCCCUCCAGCUCUCUGUGCCAGUCUGUCCUCAGCUCGCUCAAAGAAGAGUCCCAGGCGUCCUGCGUCCUGGCCAGGCUCUGUGCCUCGGCCCUCCCUGACCUCGCCACGGAACCGGCGAGCGCGGACAAGGACCUGAUGCUGCAGGAGAAGGACAAGCAGAUCGAGGAGCUGACACGGAUGCUACGGCAGAAGCAACAGUUGGUGGAGACGCUGCGCUCUCAGCUGGAGCAGGGAAAGACGGUCAAGAAGGAGGACGAGGAGGGCAAGCCGGCGUGCGUCCAGGUCAAGCCUCAGACUCUCAUCAAAGCCUCCGCCAUUCAGCCUCCAACGCUGCCCAACGGCGCGCUGCUCAGACUGAAACGCGAGGAGCACGAGGAGAAGAUGGAGGAGGAGGCAAAGAAGGCCACGCAUCCGCCGCAGACGCAGAUGCAGUGUUCGCAGGAGACUCUGCUCCGGCUACAACAGAUCCAGCGGCUGCAGGCGCAACAGGCCGAGCAGCUCAAGGUCAAAGCCGCCGCCAUGGUCACACAAGCAAAAGCAGCUCCGAUACCGACGACGCAGCAGCAGAAGAAGGACCCGCAACUCCUGCUUCGCCAACAGCAGCACAUCCAGCAGCUCAUCAUCCAACAAACGCAACAGAAGCAGCUGCAGACGCAACAGAAGCAGCUGCAGACGCAACAGAAGCAGCUGCAGACGCAACAGAAGCAGCUGCAGAGCCAGAGCAAGCAGGUCCAGCAGGUCCCAGGUCCGGUCCAGACUCAGCAGCAGAGGAGCCAGCUGAAGCAGGUUCAAGUGCACAUUCAGAACCAGAGGGCAGCGUCCGGUCAGCACAAGAGGCCGCACAGGGUCCAGCAGAGGCCGCAGUCCAAGCAGAGCACCGCACCGGCCCCAACGCAGCAGGUGACGUCGGUGGUCAUCAAUCAACAGAACGCCUCUCAGGUCCAGACUCAGGCUAUUUCUCUGGACUUCCUCAAAACCAACGGAGCGCCCACUCUGGUCACCGACAGCAACGGUAACCACUACCUAAUCGCCGUCACCAGCAACCCGGGCGACGGCCACACCGGCCUGACCUCGCUGGCCAAAAGCAACGGCCGCAUCACGCUGCAGCGGCUCCAGUCCACACCGAGUAAGCUCCCCGGCAGCAACAGCGACAGCCAAUCCAAAGAGCAGCCACCAAUGGAACCAGUGAAAAAGGUACAGAAGCCUGCGCUGCAUCUAGACGUGAACCUCGCUCCUCAGCCCUCCCACUCCGUCUCGGCUCCUCCCACCUCACAGCCGCCGUUCUUCGAGGAUCUGAGCGACGGCGAGAGCCAGAACCACAUCACGUCGUCUCUCAAGAGAGAGUUGUACGACCGCCACGCUCUCUUCACCCCUCCCUCCCCCAAACCCAACACCUCCCCCCGCUCGCCGCGCCCCAAAGAGAACGGUGUGAACAGUCAGCAGAUGGACGACCUGUUCGACAUCCUGCUGAAAAGUGGAGAAAUCCCAGGCUUCAGAUCCAACCCGGACCCCACCCUGGCCCCUCUGCACUCGGACCCUCCCUCCCCGACCUCCCCACCCUCCCCUUUGCGCCUGUCCCCGCCCACGCCCACCGCCUCCGAGCCCAUCCUGUGCCCGACGGGGCGCGAGCGGAGCCCCUGCGGCGGGACGGGGCGCCUGGAGGACUUCCUGGAGAGCACCACGGGAGCGCCGCUGAUGGGGGGGGAGGGGGACUGCGGCCUCACUCUCAUCGACGACCUCCACAGCCAGAUGCUCAGCACGCCCAGCAUCCUGGAGCACUCCGCCUCCCCCAUGGACACCUCCGACCUGGGCUUCUCCCCGCACUCGGCCCAGCUGGACUUCGGGGACGCGGCCCUGGACAGCAUGGACUGGCUGGACAUCUCCAUGGUGGGCAGCAGCAGCAGCAGCAGCGGCGGGAGCAGUGGCGAGUCCAGAGAGCGAGAGGGAGGAACGGGAGCCCCCCUGGUGUCCCCCCACACCCCCCAAAGUGUCUUCUCUGUUGACUUCCUGGACAGUACGGACCUGCAGCUGCACUGGGAGUCCUGUUUGUAG